AUGGGGACGCCAGGGGAUGGGCUGGGCCGCUGCUCCCAUGCCCUGAUCCGGGGUGUCCCAGAGAGCCUCGGGUCAGGGGAGGAUGCGGGGGCCGGUCUCCCGACGCUGGACCUGGCGAAAGCGCAGAGAGAGCAUGGAGUGUUGGGGGGUAAACUGAGGCAGCGCCUUGGGCUGCAGCUGCUAGAACUGCCUCCUGAGGAGUCACUGCCGCUAGGACCACUACUUGGUGACACGGCUGUGAUCCAAGGGGACACAGCCUUAAUCACGCGGCCCUGGAGCCCCGCCCGCAGGCCGGAGGUCGAUGGAGUCCGCAAAGCCCUCCAGGAUCUUGGACUCCGGAUCGUGGAGGUGGGUGAUGAGAACGCGACCCUGGAUGGCACCGAUGUUCUUUUCACCGGCCGGGAGUUUUUCGUAGGCCUCUCCAAAUGGACCAAUCACCGAGGAGCUGAGAUCGUGGCGGACACUUUCCGGGACUUUGCCGUCUCCACAGUGCCAGUCUCUGGUCCCUCUCACCUGCGUGGUCUCUGCGGCAUGGGUGGGCCACGCACUGUAGUCGCUGGCAGCAGCGAAGCUGCCCAAAAAGCUGUCAGGGCAAUGGCUGUGCUGACAGAUCACCCCUACACUUCACUGACCCUCCCAGAUGACGCAGCAGCUGACUGUCUCUUUCUGCGUCCUGGGUUGCCUGGUGCAUCUCCAUUCCUCCUGCAUCGUGGAGGUGGGGACCUGCCCAACAGCCAGGAGGCAUUGCAGAAGCUCACUGAUGUCACCUUGGUACCUGUGUCCUGCUCAGAACUGGAGAAGGCAGGCGCUGGGCUUAGUUCCCUCUGCCUGGUGCUCAGCACACGCCCCCAUAGCUGA